CAGUUCUGAACUGAGUUGUUUCGACAGCGUAGUAGCAGCGGAGUGGGAAAUGGGGAAGAAAACGAAAAAGCCCGGGAAAGGAAAGGAGAAAACAGAGAAAAAAACUGCGAAAGCUGAGGAAAAGAGAGCUCGCAGAGAGAACAAGAAGAUCUCCGAAGAAGAUGACAUCGAUGCCAUUCUGUUGAGCAUACAGAAGGAGGAGGCUAAGAAGAAGGAAGUUCACAUCGACGAAAAUGUCCCUGCGCCGACGCCUCGCUCCAACUGUUCCCUGACGAUGAAUCCCUUGAAAGAGACGGAGCUGAUUCUUUAUGGAGGUGAAUUCUACAAUGGCAACAAGACAUUUGUAUAUGGUGAUCUUUAUCGACAUGAUAUUGAGAAGCAGGAGUGGAAAUUGAUAUCUAGCCCUAAUAGUCCACCUCCUCGUAGUUCUCAUCAAGCUGUUGCUUGGAAGAAUUAUCUCUAUAUCUUUGGUGGUGAGUUUACGUCCCCGAAUCAAGAGCGCUUCCAUCACUACAAGGACUUUUGGGUGUUGGACCUGAAAACAAAUCAAUGGGAACAACUAAAUCUGAAAGGAUGUCCAAGUCCACGGUCAGGUCAUCGAAUGGUUUUAUACAAGCACAAGAUUAUUGUUUUUGGUGGCUUCUAUGACACUCUCAGAGAAGUAAGGUAUUUUAAUGAUUUGCAUGUAUUUGACCUGGAUCAGUUCAAGUGGCAAGAAAUAAAACCUAGGCUUGGUUCCAUGUGGCCAAGUGCCAGGAGUGGUUUUCAGUUUUUUGUGUUCCAAGAUGAGAUCUUUCUGUAUGGUGGCUACUCCAAAGAAGUUUCAUCUGAUAAAAACAACUCAGAGAAAGGAAUUGUUCAUUCAGACAUGUGGUCCCUUGACCCUAGGACUUGGGAGUGGAACAAGGUGAAGAAAUCUGGGAUGCCUCCUGGACCUCGUGCUGGGUUUUCUAUGUGUGUCCAUAAAAAAAGGGCUGUGCUAUUUGGGGGUGUAGUUGAUAUGGAAGUUGAAGGAGAUGUAAUGAUGAGCUUAUUCUUGAAUGAGCUCUAUGGAUUCCAAUUAGAUACUCACCGCUGGUACCCAUUGGAGCUGCGGAAGGAAAAAUCAACAAAAGAUAAGGUCAAAAAGAGUUCUGAUAAAAAAUAUAAUGGGGCUACUCUUGACAAUAAGAUUGGUUCUAUUGAUCUAGAGAAGUGUGAGGAGAAUAAUGGAGAUGAUAAUUUGGAAUCCCAUGAAGAAGCAGCUGACCUAGAAAGUAGCAUUGAUGAAAUAUCUCGUCAUAUGACAACAAACAUUACUGUUAAUGAUGGUGGACCAUCCAUCAAGUCUGAUGGAAGACCUCAUGAAUCUGGUGCCCAAUUGGAUCUGCAAAAUUCCAUUUCAUCUGAGAUUGUGAAACCUUGUGGCCGUAUCAAUUGCUCCAUGGUUGUUGGAAAAGACACAUUAUAUAUUUAUGGGGGCAUGAUGGAAGUCAAGGAUCAAGAAAUUACACUUGAUGAUUUGUAUUGCCUUAAUCUCAGCAAACUUGAUGAAUGGAAGUGCAUCAUACCGGCUUCUAAAUCUGAGUGGAUAGAAGCUUCAGAGGAAGAAGAUGAGGAUGAAGACGAAGAUGAUAGUGAAGAUGAAGACUGCAAUAGUGGAAGCAAUAGUGAUGAGACUGACGACGAUGUAGAGGCUAAGGAUGGAUCAAGAUCCCUCGAAAUGGGAGAUGCUGUUGCUAUAAUCAAAGGUGAAGGAAAGAAUCUUCGGAGGAAGGAGAAGCGGGCUAGAAUAGAGCAGAUCAGAGCCAAUCUUGGCCUUUCAGAUUCACAGAGAACCCCAAUUCCUGGAGAAACCUUGAAGGACUUCUAUAAGCGUACCAAUUUGUACUGGCAAAUGGCGGCACAUGAGCACACUCAACACACUGGAAAGGAGCUACGAAAGGAUGGUUUUGAUCUUGCUGAAGCUCGAUACAGAGAGCUUAAACCAAUCCUUGAUGAGUUGGCUAUACUAGAGGUAGAGCAGAAGGCUGAAGAGGCUGAAGGAGUGGAGACUAGUAUGAGAAAGAGAGGCAACAAGAAAAACAGCAAGCGUUCAGCUCCCCAAAAGUAGUUCGAGCUUCAAGACAUACCAUCAGUAUGAAUUAUUCAGGUGAUUUAGUUGUAAUAUUAAAAAUGUCACAGUUUUCAGUACAAAUACGCGGACACAUGCCUGCGCAGCCCCGCAUGCACACACACACCAUACACGCACCCACCUUGGUGCUGCACUGAGUUGUUUUUAAAUAUUAUUAGCAGGAAUUGAUCCAAUUUUUUGAGGCAUUGUUGUACAUUGUGGUGGUUUUGUUUGCCAAAUAUAAUAGAGCUGAAUUUGCUUUUACAGAUGCU